UACACAGACAAAUAUGGCAGACAGCGAGACGUCUGCGGAUGCUGACAAACGCGUUAUUCUCCACGACGAGCUGCUCAGUCCAUCAGAGCUGUUCCAGGCGAGAUCCCGAAGCCAUAAGAUCCCAUUGAGGGGCCAGAAAGACUUUCUUCCCAAUGGAUCAGAGCAGCAGAGAGCGCGACUACAGCAGAGUCUGGAUGAGCACUGGACACUGCUGGCAGAGGAGCGAGUCGAGAGACUAGGGAAUCUAGUGAAGGCUUUGUGGAUCCCUGAGGAGCGAUUAGUGGAAUUGCAGUCACCAGCAGGAAAGUUUUGGCAGAUGAUGGGUUUUUCAGACAAAGGCAAACAGUGCCUGCAUCCUGAAGAGGCUCUUUACCUGAUGGAAUGUGGCAACGUACAGGUGUUUUACCGGCAUCUUCCACUGUCCAUUCAGGAGGGCUAUGAACGUUUUCUUUCUUGUGACUCUGUCACUCUUCACCAGUAUCAGGUUUUUGGACAUUUGAAAAGGCUUGGGUAUGUUGUGAGCAGAUUUGACCCCAGUUCAGUCCCAUCCCGGUAUGAGAGACUGCUGAGCCUGCCAGCGUCAUGUGACAAACACAGACAGCAGCUGAAAAGGAAGUGCAGUCAGAGUCCUGUGUCCAGUGACAAAGGUAGUAUGUCAUCAAUGGAGAAUAAUGAGCAAGUCGCUGCUCAGACAACUCCAGAUCAGCCUCGGGAGGAGCCUGUGGAGUUAGAUCCAGCUCCAGCUCUAGACAAGACAUCUGAAAGGACCAGGUGGAUGGAAGAGGACAUCCAGCCUCCACCUGCUCAAGCCAAAACCUCAGCUCAUCGCUGGGACUUCAGCUCCAUCUCUUUCCCAGACCUGGGCUCUAGUAGGAGCCACUUGGCAUCUCCAGACCCAAGCCUGCUGCCUGGAGCUCUUGAGGUGGGCGAGUGUAAUGUGGCUUCGUGGCUGAGGAGGCUCAACAUGAAGGAGGAGAGGCUGUCACGCCGGGACAGAGAGCGACAGAGGGAGAGGGAGCGAUACCACAGGGAUAUUAACAGUGACCGGGAGGUGCAGCGCUGCCAGAACUGGGCAGAGUAUUCUCAGCUGCUGGAGAAGAGGAGGAAUUAGCGGCAGAGAGAGAGACCCGUCCACCUAUGGGAGAGGGAGGUGACUCCUCUAAAUCAGCCUGGACAAUGCAACUCUCACUUUGAACUGCUGGACCAGAUCAACAUUAUCAAGUUUUCCAGCUGGCCUGAGUGUGUUUCCAGAAUGACCCCGUCACACCAGAGGAAGAUUAGUUUUGAUGUUUACAAACCAGACACGGUGGCAGAGUUUAAAAAGAGCCAACCUGGCAAGCCCUACACCCGCAUGUGUGUUUGCAGUUUUGAUGGCCCUGUGCCUGAUCUGCAUGUCAUGAAGCAGCUGUCCUUCCAAAGUGGAGAUGUCCCAGUUACUUUUGCUGUGGUAGACCAUGGAGACAUCUCCUUUUACUGCUUCAAGGAAUUCAGACUGCCCACUGAUGUGUAUUAAAGAAUGAUUUGCAAAACAUCAAAAUUGGAAUGCAGCUUUUGAGACUGAAUACACCCCAUACCUCAGAUUAACUUUAUCUGAUCAAAUAAAUGUGCAUCUCUGUAUUAAUUUAAUUUUAAUAGAGGAGUGAUGAUAAUCUGUCAUGCUAAAGUUAUGUCAAUACUAUUAACACCGGCAUUUAUGUCAUCAAACAAUGUCUAAUGUUUGGACAUAAAAAAAUAAACAAAAUAAUCUCA